UGAGGGAGCAUCAAUAUGCCGCGAGUUGGUUCCAGCGCCAUUUCUCUUUCCCCAUCAGAAAAGCUGCCAAAUCCAUCAGAACCAUGUCCGACGUGGAAACCGAUGACGUUCCCUCUGCGGCAGCAGGCGGAGGCCCCAUGGACGUGAACCAGGCCCUCCAAGAAGUCCUGAAAAAUGCACUUAUUCAUGAUGGGGUGGUACAUGGUCUCCAUGAAGCCGCCAAGGCACUCGACAAGAGGCAAGCUAUGCUGUGCAUCCUCGCUGAGAACUGUGACGAACCGAUGUACAAGAAACUGGUGACGGCCUUGUGCAACGAGCACCAGAUCCCUCUCAUCAAAGUCGAUAACAACAAGAAGCUUGGCGAAUGGGCAGGACUCUGCAAAAUUGAUAACGCAGGAAAAGCACGGAAAGUCGUUGGAUGCUCGUGCGUCGUUAUCAAGGAUUUCGGUGAGGAAACUCCAGCCAAGGAUGUCCUCAUGGAGUACCUCAAACAAAAUGCUGUACACUAAGUAAUUUUAAUAAAAUAUCGACCAUAA